UUCUCUCUCUUUUUGCUCUUUUCUUCUCCAAUGGCGGUUCCUCUUGCCAUUCCUUCAAUUUAUUAUAGAAGUGGGUCUUGCUCUAUGAUUCUGUAUUUGAUUCUGGUUGUUGCCCGUACAGCCUCAUCAGCUCUACUGGUGGGAUUGAAGCAUCACCAAAACAGCCACUACUUCAGAAAACCACCGAACCUCCAAGCCAAUCAAACCACCUGUAACUUGUUCGUAGGGAACUGGGUUCGCGAUGACGACGGUACAUACCCAAUAUACCAGUCAUCUGCGUGUCCCAUCAUCGAUCCAGAAUUUAAUUGCCAGAUGUACGGUCGACCCGAUACAGGUUACCUCAGAUAUCGAUGGCAACCCAUCAAUUGCGAGCUCCCCAGGUUCAAUGGGCUUGAUUUUCUGGUGAAGAUGAAAGGGAAGACUGUGAUGUUCGUGGGAGAUUCACUGGGUCGCAGUCAAUGGGAGUCUUUGAUUUGUAUGAUUUCCAUCUGGAUUCCACGGUCACCCACCCAAUUGCUCAGGGAGGAUCCUCUGUACACUUUCAAGUUCUUAGAAUACGGGGUGACCGUGUCGUUCCAUAAAGCACCGUAUCUGGUGGACAUAGACACAGUACAAGGGAAGCGAAUUCUGAGGUUGGAGGAAAUCUCUGCAAAUGCCAACACUUGGAGUGGUGUUGAUGUCUUGUCCUUUAAUUCCGGUCACUGGUGGCUUCACUAUAGUUCUCUUCAAGGGUGGGACUAUAUGGAAUCAGGAGGGACACUGUAUCAAGAUAUGGACCGUUCUGUGGCGUUUGAGAGAGGAUUAAGAACAUGGGCUAAGUGGGUUGACACCAAUAUUGAUCCAACCAAGAUUCGUGUCUUCUUCCAAGGCAUCUCUCCUCAACACUACAAUCCUACUGAGUGGAACAGUGGUGCUCCGGCAUCGGCAAACUGUUACGGUGAAAGAACACCACUGAGCGGCGAAAUGUAUCCAGGGCCCUAUCCGGAUCAAAUGAAGGUGACUCUGGCUGUGUUGAAAGAUAUGCACCAUCCAGUGUAUCUGAUGGACAUUACAACAUUGUCUCAGCUCAGGAAAGAUGCUCACCCCUCCAUCUAUACUCCAGAUAGAACUCCUGACUGUAGUCAUUGGUGUCUACCGGGUCUACCCGAUACUUGGAAUCAGCUUUUCUACACGUCUUUGUUCUUCUAAUUUGUUUUAGUUAUUUUGGAA